AUGGGACCAACGCAGUCGCCGACAUUCAUCGGCCUCAAAGGUCAGAACCUCGUUUAUGCCAUCACGUUCUGCUGCUCUAUCGGCUUUCUUCUUUUCGGAUAUGACCUGGGCUUUAUGGGUGGGUUAACCACCUCCCCUGAGUUUCUCGAGGUCUUUGGCAACCCCGGCGCCUCCUCCUCGCCUUUCUUGUCGCGUCUUACGAGGUGGGCGCACUUCUGGGCGCACUGCGCAGUGAUCGUCUGCAUAGGGGCUAUUCUCCAAGCAACCACCUUUGGACUAGCCCAAUUCCUCGUUGGACGCAUAGUCGCGGGCUUUGGGCUCGGAAUGAUGACGACCGUAAUUCCAAUCUGGCUGUCCGAGUGCAGCAUGCCACAGUCUCGAGGCAGAAUGAUGGCAAUGCAACUGUCGAACCUCAUUAUGGGUCUCAUCCUGGCGAACUGGCUCGACUACGGCAUGGCCUCCUAUUCCGUGUCGGUUCAAUGGCGAUUUCCGUGCGCUUUCCAGACCGUUUUUUGCUUCAUCGUUCUCGUCUUCAUGCCGUUUAUCCCCGAGUCGCCCCGUUAUCUCUGUGCCAAGGGGGAUGUUUCUCGCGCUAGGAUAUCUCUUGCUGCGCUGCGUGCCGGCCAUCCCGAUGACCACGCGAUCGUGGAAGAGUUCAAGGAGAUUCAAUAUGCGAUCAGUGUUGAAGCAGAGGAAGCUGGCUCUUGGACUGAUGUCUUCAAGGACAAUGGCAUCAGUGUCUUCACCAGAGUUGCGAUCGGCUUUUCGGCCAACUUCUUCCAGCAGCUGUCUGGGUGCAAUGUGAUGUCGUCCCUCGGCCCGUACGUAUUCCAGGACUCGAUUGGAAUGUCACGCAAUGAUGCGAUGCUAGUCUCUGGUGGCCUGCAGGUAUUCUAUUUCCUUAGUAGCCUGAUACCUUGGUUUGUCAUCGACCGAGUUGGGCGUCGCCGGCUCUUUAUGACUGGAUCCGCCGGUAUGGGAGUCUGCAUGUUGCUGUCGGCAAUCUUUGUCGGCAUUAGAACGACUGGCCUGGGAUACGCUGCCGCGGUCGCUUUGUAUUUCUUCCAGACUUUCUUCACGCUCGGGUGGCAGUCGAAUAUGUGGAUUUAUCCUAGCGAGCUGCUCCCGCUAAAGCUGCGACUCCGAGGCGGUGCCCUUGGCGUCAUUUCGCAGUGGCUAUUUACAUUUUUGGUCGUCGAGAUCACUCCGGUGAUGAUCACAAAUAUCGGAUACAAGUGCUACAUUGUCUUCGCCGUGAUCAAUUUUGCGACCUUGCCACUUGUGUAUUUUUGCUACCCGGAGACCAGCAAAAUGCCGCUCGAGGCUGUUGAUUUGUUCUUUGCUGAUCGCAAUAGCCAACGGCCGUCGCUUUGGCGGGUGGUUAAUGACUCGACGAAUAAAGAAUUUGUUCAAAGGGUCGAAAGAGAAUUGCAGGAGAGAGCGAGGUUACGGGCCCUGUCUGGGGAUGAAGCUGGGGAGGCAAAAGCUGGCUAUCUGGAGACGGCAACUGCGUGA